AUGUUCUGGUCCACACUCGCCGCCCUCAAGGCCCCCGAUCCCGCCGAGGAGGUCCAGCAACGGACCCCCGCUAUGCCGGCGAAGAUACUACCCCGACCAGCCACCGGGAGAUCCUCGGCUGGUAUGCGAUCCUUCCUGCCCCUUACGCUCGAACAACUCGCCCGCGAACAUGGUUCGCUCCAGACGAGCGGCCUCCCUUGCUGGGGUGAGGGUGCGCCCGACAACUCCGACGAGCAAUGCAUUGUCGGACUGUUUGGGCUUCAAAUCAACACCGCCAGCUUUGCAAUGUAUACAUUCUCGCUGGCGGUGCUCAUUCAGGCGCUAACGCUGAUCUCUUUCAGUGCCCUGGCGGAUUAUGAGAACAAUCGCAAAACCCUGCUCCUCACUUUUGGAUUCGUUGGUGCGGCUACAAGCAUGCUCUUCAUUUUCAUCUUCCCCGCGGGAUACAUCAUCGGUGCGAUUCUCGUCAUUAUCGGCGUGAUCUGUCUCGGCUCGUCUUUCGUUGUGCUCAAUUCCUUCCUCCCCGUUCUUGUCGCAAACGACCCCUCGGUUCAGAGUUCGGAGAAACAAGACGGCGAAGAACUAUCAAAUUUGAAUCCCGAUGAAGACAGAGCGGACUGGAAUACCUGGAAUGAUGAGGAUAGCCUGGAUGGAAUGCACGAUCACCAACAGAACCACUCCCCCGAAGACGGCCGCAAGGAGGAUGCGCUGAAGUCUUCCUCGCCCGAGCUCCAGCUCUCCACUCGCAUCUCAUCGAAAGGCGUAGGUCUGGGAUAUCUCGCGGCGGUGUUUGUUCAGAUUUUGAGUAUCAUACUAUUGAUCACACUGAAUAAGACCUCUCUCGCGAAGGCCUCUGGAAGCUGGCCCAUGCGAUUUGUCCUACUUUUGGUCGGUCUUUGGUGGUGCACUUUCACUCUGGUCACCCGCCGCCUACUGCGCUCUCGCCCAGGGCCUCCACUGGACACGGCAUCCUCGCCCGGCGCUGCCCGAUGGCGAGUGUGGCUGCGCUUGGUCGGCUUUGCCUGGAAGUCAUUGUGGGGAACAGUGAAAGUAGCCGUCAAGCUGCGCGAAGUGAUGAUCUUUCUCGUCGCAUGGUUUCUGCUUUCCGAUGCCCUGGCGACGGUCUCUGGCACUGCCAUCCUGUUUGCUCGUACCGAGCUGAAACUGAGUACAACCGGGAUCGGUCUGCUGUCGAUUACUGCCACAUUGUCCGGCAUGGCUGGAGCGUUUCUGUGGCCCCGUGUGUCGCAACGAUUCAAGCUAAAGUCGAACCAGACAAUCAUAGUCUGCAUCUUCUUGUUUGAGCUUAUCCCGCUAUAUGGCAUGCUGGCUUAUAUCCCAUUCGUCAAGAACUGGGGAGUGAUCGGCCUGCAGCAACCGUGGGAGAUCUUCCCACUCGCUAUCAUCCAUGGGGUUGUCGGUGGAGGACUGGCGUCCUACUGCCGUUCCUUUUUCGGACUGUUGAUUCCACCCGGUAGCGAAGCUGCUUUCUAUGCGCUAUACGCAGCGACGGACAAAGGCAGUUCGUUCAUUGGACCGGCAAUUGUGGGCAUGCUCACCGAUGCGACCGGACAGGUUCGCUCCGGGUUCUUCGUUAUCGCGAUCCUGAUCUUGAUGCCGAUCCCACUUGUCUGGAUGGUCAAUGCAGAGAAGGGCCGUAAAGAAGGCCUUGCCAUGGCAGAAACGCUGGGCAGAUCUCGCGCAGGACCAACCGAAGAUGCGCAGGAGGCACAGGGCCUUCUGUCGCGAGAGGAUUAG